GCCACAGUCUUCCCACUUUCUGUCAACGAAGGCAAGCUCGCCCGCUUGGCUGUGCAGAACGCGUGUGCCGCUCGAUGAUGAACAGCCAUGCCCAGCUCUUUCUUCUUACGCUGGCGUUAUUGGCUCGCCCGGCAGCACUCCGAAACACACUCAGGUCUUUCGUGAUCGACUACGAGAAUAACAGGUUUCUCAAGGAUGGCGAGCCCAUACAGAUCGUUGCGGGUGGCAUCCACUACUUCCGCACCCUACCCCAGCAGUGGGAGGAUCGGCUGAUAACCAUGAAAGCGGCGGGACUCAAUGCUAUACAAACGUACGUCGAGUGGAGCAGCCACGAACCCGAGGAAGGCCGCUACGACUUCGAGGGCAAUGAAGACCUUGUGCACUUCCUGAACCUCGCCAAGAAUCACGACCUUCUGGUUCUGCUCAGGAUUGGACCGUAUAUCUGCGCUGAAAGGGAUUUCGGUGGACUGCCUUACUGGUUGCUGUCUACAAAUGCCUCAAUUAGUCUUCGGACUAUGGAUCCAGAAUACACCGAGCCCGUGCAAAGGUACUUCGCUAAGCUACUUCCGCUGAUAAAACCACUUCUAUACGCCAACGGAGGGCCCAUUAUAGCUGUGCAGAUCGAGAACGAGUACGGCAGCUACAAAGCAUGUGACUUGGAGUACAUGGCCUGGUUGAGAGACCUAGUGCGCCAUUACCUGCGCUACGACGUCAUCCUCUACACCACAGACGGUGCCGGAGAUGGUUUCCUCAAGUGCGGCAAAGUCGACGGCGCCUACACAACUGUUGAUUUCGGUCCAACCUCGGACCCCGAGAAGAUGUUCGCUGUUCAGCGCCGACACCAAGAACGGGGUCCGCUGAUGAACUCGGAGUAUUACACGGGCUGGCUGGACCACUGGGCGAAGCGGCACAGCACGGUCAGGACGGCGGCUGUGGCGAGCGUUCUUGACAGGAUUCUGAGCAUGAAUGCCUCCGUCGCGCUGUACAUGUUUCAUGGUGGGACGUCAUUCGGCGUCAAGUCAGGCGCUAACAUUGACAGGUACGGAUUCCACCCCACAACUACGAGUUACGACUACGAUGCUCCCAUGACAGAAGCCGGCGACCCAACGGACAAGUUCCAUGCAAUACGAGAUGUCAUUGCCAAGUACCUUCCGGUGCCGCAUGUUCCUGUCCCGGAGCCCAAAAAGAAGAUGGCGCUGGGGAAGCUCCCACUAAAAAAGCUGUACGACCUCAAGGAUGUUAGGGAACUUUUGGUGAACGCCAGAAUACCACACAUACGACCAUUGUCAUUUGAGCGAAUUAGGCAGAGCCAAGCCUUGGUGCUGUACGAAACAUGGGUGACCUUCCUUCCCAAGAAUCCAGCAGCGCUUACUGCACCUGGACUACGUGACCGAGGAUACGUCUACGUGGAUGACGUUUACCAUGGCAUCAUUUCACGCAUGGACAACGUGUACAGCAUCGUGAUCCCGGUUACGAAAGGCCAGAGGCUUACAAUACUGGUGGAAAGCCAAGGGAGGGUCGGCUUCAUAGACCUCAACGACUCCAAGGGACUUGGUUCGAACGUGACUCUGUCUGGAAUAACGCUGACCCACUGGAACAUGACACCCAUUGACACAAGGGAUCACCUGACCGCACAGCGUCAACUUGACGACGGUGUACUUUCUUCGACAACGACGGGCCAGCCUGCCAGCAGCUGCGGCGUCUGUUCGCCGGGUCUGGCGGUCUACCAGGCGACGUUCGGGCUGAAUGUGUCCACACCUCUAGACACAUUCAUCAGGCUCGACCAUUGGAAGAAGGGCAUCGUCGUCAUCAACGGCUUCAACUUGGGUCGGUACUGGACACCCAUGGGUCCUCAAAAGACGCUGUACGUGCCGUCAGUAGUGUUCAGGGAACGAAACGUGCUGGACCUCGUCGAACUGGAGCAAGCACCGUGCGGCCAGGGAUCUACAUACUGCUACGUGCAGUUCGUCGACACGCCCGACAUCAAUGGCACCGUGCCACUCAUCUCGAGAAACAAAUAAACUGCGCGCCGCGUUAAUAAUGCAUUUA